CUCACUGCCCCACUUUUGAUAUGCUACGUGCUACUAUUCGCAUCCGUACUCGCGGCUAAUAAUCUCUGGUGUAUUUACGGGGUACUUUCCGCUUAGCAAGUGUGGGAACUUUGUUGUGACAGCAAGCCAGUCGUUCUCCACCGUCCCCGAUCCUCUAUCCGAUGCCGCGGCCGCGAGUAAAACCACAAGACCGGAAGCGUUCGGUCAGGGCAUGUCUUGCUUGCAAAGCGUCAAAGAAACGUUGCGAUGGCACCCGGCCUUGUCGAACGUGUCAGAUGAAGGGCACCGCUGAUUCCUGUGCAUUCACAUCCCAGCAGCGAGGAACACAGCCCACCCACACUCGCGGUUCUAUUCAACUACAACAGUUAACGCCGUCGGAAGCUGAUCACCAUGCAAUCACAUAUCACACUGUAACUCCCAUCGAGAAACCGCGACCGCGAGAAAGCGAUGAUGUCCGUAGUACGCGAGAUACAACGCCCUCCGCCGGGCAACGGCCUACUAUGCUGUAUAGCUCUAGUGGUGAGAGAGGUGUGUUGCGUCCAAAUGAAAGACCUUCCCCUUGUGAGAACCAGAUGUUAAUCUAGAGAACGUGGCAGUUUUUAUGGGCGGUGCUGCCGCCGUAUCUUUCCUUCAAUUUCUACAAGCGAUAGUAAAACGCUAUGUUGGUCCCGUGGGUUUUACUGAGAGCCAGAAUAGCCGCAAGAUGUUCGAAGUGGAUGUCCCGGACACUGGAACGGACUUCUUUGCCGACGAGCUGAUGGAGACAGAGAAAUGGGCACUUAUCCAAUGCUUCUUAGAUGUUUCUAGUGGUCUUUUAGACCUCUUUAGCUGGGAGGAGAUCAAUCGGAUGGUAAAGGUGUCCAAUAGUAUUCGUAUGCCCAACGCCGGUCGAUUGGAUAGCCACGUAAAGGAGGACCUCACUGCUGUAUACAUGAUGAUUGCAAUAGGAGCCCAAUGCAAAGGCCGAACUCAGGAUGACCUCUUAUGUGCAGCAAGAUACUUCUGUCAAGCCAGGAAAAUGGCGUUUGGUGGUUUUCUAGAGGAUCCAACAGU